AUGCAGUUGACAAAUCCGGGCACCGUGCCGGUUUACACCGUCUCUGGUGCUUCAACAUCCAGACCUUUGCCCGAUUGGCUCGCCAAACGUAGGAAGCGAUCGCUCAAGAACGACCCGGAGUACCAGAACCGAGUCGAGCUGCUCCAGGAUUUCGAAUUCGAGGAGGCAAGCACCUGCAUCAAGGUCAGCGAGGAUGGCGACUGGGCCGUCAGCGCAGGAACCUACAAACCUCAGAUCCACGUCCACAACCUCCCGCAACUGUCGCUUUCUUUUGCGCGCCAUACCAACUCUCUCACGGAGAAGUUAGAGAUCCUCUCCGCCGACUACUCGAAAACUCUGCUUCUCCAGGAUGACCGACGACUCGAGUUCCACACCCCGAUGGGCUGUCACUACACGAUUCGGAUACCCCGGUAUGGAAGAGAUUUGCUGUACGACAGGCAAUCCACGGAGGCGUUCGUGCCGUCUGUCGGCGUUGACCAGGACGGCUUGGGCGAGGUUUUCCGGUUGAACCUCGAGAUUGGAAGAUUCAUGAAGUCAUUCCAGAUUGAUGUUGGAGGAGAUGAAGAGGGUGCUGGCUUGCAAGGCGGCAUCGAAGCCGGCAGCGUCAACGCCGGCGCCUUGGCUGAGAAGUCCCACGGUCUGGCUGCUUUUGGAACGUCCCUCGGCACAGUGGAAUUUUGGGAUCCGAGGUCCAAGUCAAGAGUUGCGCGCCUUGCCUGUCAAGAAGGAGCCAUCACCGCUCUGGACUUCAGCUCUUCUGGAUUGUCCAUCGCCACAGGUUCCUCCAACGGCAUGGUCCAGCUGUUUGAUUUGCGUCGCCCAGUUCCGCUUUUGAGCAAGGAUCAAGGAUACGGUUUCCCGAUCAAGAAGUUGAUUCACAUGACGACUGCCUCCCAAGAAAAGAAGAUUCUCUCGGCCGACAAGAGGAUCAUCAAGAUUUGGGACCAGACCGACGGUACGCCUUGGACCUCGGUCGAGCCCAUCGUGGACAUCAACGAUAUCGCAUGGUGCAAGGACACCGGUAUGCUUCUGACUGCCAACGAGGGCAAGCAGCAGCACUCGUUCUUCAUUCCCAGCUUGGGUCCCGCUCCCAGAUGGUGCUCAUUCUUGGACAACAUGGUGGAGGAGAUGGCCGAGGAGGUUCGCACCGAGACUUACGACAACUACAAGUUCUUGACGCUGCCCGAGCUCAAGCAACUCAGCAUGGAACACCUUAUUGGCAAGACCAACCUGCUCAGGCCGUACAUGCACGGUUACUUCGUGGCCUCGAAGCUCUACGAGCAAGCUCGUCUUAUCGCGAACCCCUACGUUUGGGAGGAGGAGAGGACGAAGCGCAUCAAGGAGAAGGUCGAGAAGGAGCGCGCCAGCAGAAUCAGAGGCAACAAGAAGGUCAAGGUCAACCAGAAGGUGGCCGACAAGCUUCUCAAGAAGCAGGAGAACAGAGAGGUCGUGGACACCAAGGCCGGUCUGCUCGGCGACGACCGUUUCGCCAAGCUCUUCGAAGACGAGAAAUUCGCCGUCGACGAGACCAGUUACGAGUUCCGCGCUCUCAACCCGAGCACCACUGUUGCUGCCAAGGAUACCCACGAAGUCGGUGUCAGCUCUGCUGCGAAGCCUGCUGAGGCGCCUAAGUUCGGUCUGGGUAAGAAGGCCCAGGCUGCUAAGGCCGCUGCUGAGGAGGGAGUGACCAUGAAGGUUUCCUCGUCAACCCAAAAGGGUGGAAGGCAGAGGGAUACCGCAUUGGGCUCCAGAGUGCAAAAGUCUGGACGCAUCAACAAGACCAACCGCGGAGACACUUACGGCGAGAAGCAAGUCACAUUCGUCCCGGACGCGAGGAAGAAGAGCAGGGGCCCGCCGCAGCCACAAGAAGAGAGCACGCCACGGGGCAAGCGCGAUGCGAGAAGAAGCGCAAGCUCGAACACGUUCAGGAGGAUGUAA